AUGGCUCGGACACGCUCAAAACCAGCCGCAAAAGUAUCUAAAGAAACCAUUCCCCCCGAAACCAUUGCACCCGCUGCACUUCCUCCCAGCGCCGCAGAUCCUCCUAGGCUAUUUAUCCUCCCGAAAGACACGUCCCCAGAUUCGCGAAUUGUCACAUUGUCUCACCCAGCGACCGCGACACCAACUCGUUACUACUUCUGUCCAGAAAAAGGAUUCUAUGAAUUUACCAAAAUCGCGGCGCCGAGAAGCUCUCCAAGGAGUUGGCUACUUGCCCCACCACGGAUACAAAAGACAGAUAUAGAUAGCAAGAGCAACGCUGCGAAAGAGGACACCGCGUCAGUGGAUAAAGGCUACAUCACCAAGUCCGCAGAUCUCUUCAUAGCCACACCACUCGAUAUACUCUUCCUUCUCCUCCCCGCUCUUGCGCCCAAGUCGACCCCAAAAGAACAUCAGAAACAGCUUUUCCUCUCCCUAGACGACCACCUCGACACCCUCGCAGCAACUUCUCCGCACCUCAGACAACUCCUACGCACCCCCAAGCUCAAGGAACGCAUAGCAAAGCGCAUGGAAUCCGUGGCCGACAUCGUCGACGCCGGCGACGAGAAAAUGUACCGCCUCUCGUACCCCAGACUCGUCUCCAUCCUCCUCCAAAAAGCAGAACGAAUGGCCGCCAACGGCCUACCCGCAUCCAUGGAAGAGAAGUUCGUCCGGAGCGCUCUCGACGUGCCUAUCUUAGACAUCCCGCGCGAAGACAGCGGGAUCAGUGUGUUCGAGAGCAGCGAGGCCGUAGACUUGCAGUCCCAAACCACCACCGCCACAACACCUACUGGAGACUCGCAAACCACAGUCAAAUCAGAGACUACAGAAGCGACAUCCACCACCUCCCUCCAACCGCCAGCAAUAUCGGCACCAGAAGGCAUCCCCCACCUCCUCCGUCUCCGCACCGCCCUCUCCCUCCUCCUCUCCCUAGUCCCGCCUACGCUUCACACGGCUAUCAACGCCUCUCUCGUAGCUCCAACAAUCGACUUCACCCCUUUAACCACCCACCUCGCGCACCUCUCUUCCCUACGGCAGAAAUCCGCCGCGCUGAGGUCCGUAUCCGACAACAUCAGCCGCAAGCGCGCCUUCGACGAGGACGCAGACGAGCAGGCCGAGAUCCGGGCGGAGAAGCGGCGGAAGAAGGAGGAGGACGAGAAAAGGAAAAAGUCCGAGAGUCGGGGGUUGAAGCAGCUGCGGAAGGCGGAUACGAGCGGGAUGAAGAAGUUGAGUAGCUUCUUUACCGCGAAGCCGGCGGUGAAGAAGUGA